AUAAUGACAACAAUUCGUGCAUUUGGUAAAAACACAACGGCGCAGUAAAAGCACAAAUUAACGAAAUUGUGGAGCAUGCAUCUAUAAACUAGACCCCUCGAAUAGUAUUAUAUUCAUAGCAUUUCAACAAUCAUUGCCGCGCUCGCACCGAGAACAUGAACCACUCGGCCAUUUGGUCGGCAGUUAAAGCCGGCGACAUCGACACGCUGCGCGGUCUCAUUUUGCCCGGCCAGCGGGUAGUAAGCAUUAGAAAGCAGGUGGACGAAAAUGGUUGGACCUUGCUGCACCACGCUGCCAUGAGCCGGAAUCUCGAGCUGGUCAAACUGGUGACGGAAUUCUUCCAUCCCGACCCGGACGUGGAAAACAAUGACGGUAUGACGGCGCUAGCGCUCGCCUGCCAAGAGCAAUGUCCAGUCGGUAUAAUCAUCUUUCUGAUGGAAAACAUCAAUGCGUUCAACGGACCAUCGCCGCUCGAGUACGCCGUGCUGCAAAAUCGUGUAGACCUUGCCAAGGCAGUAAUUGCGUACGAGACAAAACGGAAGGCUUUUUCCUCCGCUUCACUCCUGUACAUCGUCACCAUCCGUACGGGUGAUCUGGAUAUGUUGCAAUGUUUGCUGGAUGCACCAGAAAGUGCGGGGAAGGCAUUUGUCACGGAGAAAAAUGACGACUUGACGGGGCUGGAAGAUUUUGCACAAAAUGCGUCGUACGAGGUGGGAAAGAAAGUUGCUUGCUUUAAAAUGUUGUUCAAUCUAUUGCACCCUAUUGCGGACGAAGCUAGCAGACGCUACAAUGUGAAUGAAAUCCUAACGAUGGCUUUGCUAAGCUUUGUGCCAGUCUCGUUAAUACCUCACUUUAUUGAGACGGAGCAGAAAUGGGAAGAGCGGGCACCGAUCCGUUCUUUGUAUGAGCGCCUUCCGCACGGGUUUGACCUGCUCGCACUCACGGUGCUGUGCGAAUGUGGACCGGUAACAGUCGAACGAGAGCAGCUUGAACCAAUCCUGGAAGAAAUGUGCCCGAAGCAAUUUCAACGAUUUUGGUACGUCCAGCUGGAGGAAAUGUUCCUAAACGCCAUCAAACCGGAGCUGAAUGAAGCCGGUCCUUCCCAGCCAGAGGCGCUGCAAUUGCUGGAAGAUUAUGCACAAUUCACCAGAACGAUCACGUUCGGGUUCUUCCGGACCGUUCUACGAGACAGCGUGCAGGGCGCUUUAUGUGGACCACGGUCUAUGCCGAUGUAUCAAUGGAAGCCAGAUCAGCCAUCGGUGCUGGAUAUGGAGCUGUACUCAUCAUCGUACCUCCGUGCCAUCGAAUGCAUGAUGACCAUGUACAACCAGCCGGCCGAUAGCAUCGUCGAGGCGGUAAUAGCUCGCGAUGAUCGGCACAUGCGGGCGAUCCUGAUAUUUCCACUGCUUCGGUACUGUACCACCCUGCUGAUGCGACCGGACGAGGUUAUUUUGGUUCAUCUUAGAGACAAUCAGCUACUGAACUGGGUUGUGCAUCUGUUCGGCCCAUGGAAAGCGAUCCUGCGGCACGUCGGUAAACCGGUGCUGGAAGUUUUCUCCCUCAAACGCUUCGCCCGGGACGUUGUUCGAGAAGCCGUAUGGCAGGGGGUGAAAGGAGUGCGGGCAGCAAAAUCUUCCUUCCUCGAUCGGCUCAAGUCGCUGGACGUUCCGAGGGAAUUGAACGACUACCUUAGGUAUUGUGAUUACAGCUCCACCAAAUACUUCCUGGAGCAUAUGGACGCUGCCACACGUUGGUUGCAGGCGUUCGAGCAUGGAACAUUGCCCUAUCCAGUUCGACGCUAAUUACGAUUAAAUUGCGCUCCAACCCUAUCUGAUCAUAAAGUACAGAGUAGUUUUAUGUUUCAUGCAGGCGUAUAACUUGAAGAAAUAUAUGAAAUUCUCAUA